UUUAUUUGCAUUUAGUGUAUUUGUAAUCGAAUGUAUGUAAAAGUGUGUAAAAGUAAACAAGUCAGUUGUCACUCAUCAUCAGGCUUAAACCUAACCUGAAAUCAAAUUAUCUGGAGUGGUAAAUGGUCUUGAUACGAAAUAUUUAUUUUGUAUGUGAACUCUUUAUAAAAUAUAAUGCAUAGCAAUAAAAAUAAUCGAGAGUUUUCAUUGAGCAGGUCUAUUGUAGAGACUGCUUUAAAAGUUUAUAUUGAAAAUGGCUCAUCUGUAAAAAAGCCAGUGCAAUGCUUGGAUUUGAGUGCCGAGAAGAAAGAAGGUGAAAAAUGGAUUGAAUCUCAUGGACCUUCUAUCAACUUGAUGGAAUCACAAAUCAUACAUGUGAAUGGCUGCAAUAAUGGUGACAAUCAUAAAACACCAACAAUAGAAAGCAAUUACAUUGUGAUUGAGAAGACAGAUUUUAAUUUCAUUUAUGUAGAGUGCACUACAGAAGGCUCCACCUACUUCGACUGUGUGUUCCGCAAGAUUACCAGGAACGGAGUGUUUGCGUUGACUACCAGUGAUGACCCAGCACUGUAUGGACGCCCAGCUGAACCAGCCCUGCGCUGCUACGCGGGACGCAUUGUUCGGACCUUCUACGCCCCAGAGUUAGCCGUCCGCCUUGUACUGGCUGCCAUGACUAGAUCUGCUGCACGUUUCAGUAAAAGCAUCGAAGUCCUGCUGACAAUGGUUGUCAAGAACACAAUAACCAUUGUUGUGAAAGUUAAGAAAGGCGCAGAUGCUGCUGUCACGUGUCUGAAGGAUGUGAAAACGUUGGUGCACUGUACCUUGUGUGAAGAAAGAGCUUUUUUGCCUGAAAAUGAUGGGUUUGUUGUGGAUGAUGUACGCUGUUUCCUGAGCUGUUCUUGUGCCUCUGAGAGCGUAGGCAGGACUAUGAUGACUCUAGGCCCACUGUGGGCUGGGACACUUGGCUCACCAGGCUACAUAUCUGACAUGCUGCAAUAUGCCAAACAAUCCCCUCAGCUGUUUUCCUUUCUUCAAGAUUUACUUGUGGAGUUGAGGUGUGACAAAAAAACUGCAAAGAUAAACAAGGAAAGUUUAAACGAUAAAAGUAAAACCUCUGAGUCUAAAAUAGAAGAACCUACAGACACAGCUGAAGAAAACACUUUAAAAAGAAAAGCAGACAGUGAGCUUUGUGAUGUGUUACAUAAACAAGUAAAGGUUGAAGAUACAAAUGAGCCCGCACCAACAUUUUACUAUAACCUCCAUAAACACAAGCCUAAAGGUGCUCAACACCUGCUUAAAGUGGACAAAGUAAUUGAGAUACUUCACAAACAAGGUCUGAGAGCAAGUAGAACUCACUUUGACAGAGCAGCUAUCAAAACAGAAGCGUCCCUCACCCAACUUCAAGAUAUUAUAUCUCAUGUUACUUAAAAUAAACCUUUU